AUGCAAGUGGGGUUGACCCCUAAGCAAUCAGGUAUUAUGAGUGUGUUAACGUCUCAGUCUUCUGCCAUCGUAUUUGGUUCUCCGUCGGAUACUCGUGCACCGGUUCAACACUUCCGGGGUGGCGAAAAUACCAGGGGAACCGCAGAGCAAGAUGCUAUAAUCUUAGCCAACCGUAAAUCAUCCCACAAUAGGCAAUCGUUUGAGCCUCGGAACAACCUAGAUGGCUGGCCCAGCGAUGGGUUCUUGGGUCUCCAUCCCCCGGAGCAGGAACAAUUGGACAGCUACGAUGGAGUGGAUACAGCCGAUAAUACGGCUAAUUACUUGUUUUUGCUAGCAAAUGCUCAACGCCAGCCUCAGGACACUAUUGGUGCUUUUCACAGUGACCUGAAUGCCCCAGCGGCGCUUAGGUAUCCCCGCGGGCCAGCCUGCUCGAGUGGAGCCAUGGUGGAUACUUCGUGUCCUGUCCCUUCCCAGGGACUCUUGAUUAAUAGCUCGUCGGAUGCGGCAAUGGGGGCUAAUCGUAAUAGAAAUAUUUCAGGUCACUCAAUCCCGACAAGUAUUGUCGGGAUAAAUGAUAAUAGUAAUGUCAUUAUAGAGUCGAGCCACCAUGAGAGGCAAGACACGGGUUCUCGGUGGGAUAGGGAAACCAAAAACUCCCAGGAAAUGAUAUCGGGCCCUACGUCUGUACGCCGAAAGGCCGAAAAUGGCAUUCAAGGAACUGUACGUUCACGAGUAAAGAAGGCUAAAGGCCGAGACGGUCAAGCAAUUUCCCUGAGUGGAGGUAUCUGUGAUGAGCAGGAUGGUAGAGAUGAUGAGAAUGGCAAAGGCACCGCAAAGAUGACCGAUGAGGAAAAGCGAAAGUCCUUCUGGGAGAGAAAUCGUCUCGCCGCUUUAAAAUGCAGGGAACGCAAGAAAAAAUGGAUUGCGAACCUGGAAGAAAAGGUCGAGAGGUUUUCCCGUGAAAACGCUAAGCUCUCGGCGCAAGUUAUAUCCUUUCGUGAAGAGAUUGUCUCGAUACGGACGCUGCUACUUGCAUAUAGCGACUGUCCUGUCGCGCGAGCAAAUACGGGAAGUAUGUCCACACCGAACCGUAAUUCUGGCACCUACAACGAGUAUGGCCAUAUGACCACCGGUUAUUAUGACAUUACGACUUGCAUGGGGGGUGGAAACAUACCACACCUUCCAAUGGGAGGGGGGUAUUCUUAG